AUGUUUAGAAUUGCAGCUAGAUCAUCAGCCCGUGCCGUUAGUUUGCCAGUGCAAAGAUUGCCAUUGGUCAACAAUGCUAUGCGUUUCUAUGCUGGUACUCCAAUUACCAAGGACGAAGUCGUUAGUCGUGCAUUUGAAGCUUUAAAAACUGUUGCUACCUUGCAGGAAUCGAAACUUUCAUUGGAAAGCUCUUUCCAAAAAGAUUUGGGAUUGGAUUCAUUAGAUACAGUUGAAGCUUUGGUUGCUUUAGAAGAAGAGUUUGAUUUGGAGAUUCCAGACAAGAUUGCCGACGAUAUCAAGACUGUUGGUGAAGCUGUGGACUACAUCUACAAAGAGGAAACCAAGGAAUAA